CCUCGGAGCUGUUCGGAGCGGCUCGGCUCUGCUCGCUCCACCUUCGUCCCUCCCCUGGCCGGAGCGGAGUGAGAUGCGUCCCGGAGCCUGAGGCGUUCGGACGAGUCAGAGCCGGACGCGGAGCUUUCAGGCGGGGAGCCUCCGGAGAGACACCGCGCCGUCUGUCGCACUGAAACCGGGUGUAGGUGCACUGCUGGCGGCUUCGCCUCCAGCUGCCUGCCGCUGAAAGCUGCAGGACUGAGACAUGUACCAGGUCCAGCUGGUCGGGGAGCAGCAGGAGAGCCGGCCCCUACUGAGCCCCUCCAUCGAUGACUUCCUGUCGGAGACCCGGAGCGACACCCCCUCCGCCCGACCGCUCACCUCCAACACAGCAGUUCUGUCCACAGCUCUGGAUCUGGUGGACCUCAGCGAGCUGGGGGAGAGCAGCGGGGGGAGCAACAAGGAGCGGAGGAGGAGCCCUCUGAGGAAGAAGGGCAGCUCGAAGAGUCCGCGACGCCGAGCCAAACCCGAGGAGACGGAGCUGAUCCAGGUGCAGGUGGAACACCUGCCCGCUAGUCCCAGAACACCUGAGAGGAUCUCCCUGGACUCAGUCAGCCUGUCGUCUCCUCUGGAGAAAUGGGAGGAGGUGAACCUGGACGUGGAGGACGGCGGGCGCAGGAGGAGAUACGAGAAGAGAUGCACCUCCCAUCACUCGUCCAGUGAACUGCUGUGGUCGGCAGAGUUUAAAACCGACCCGCUGACCAAGAACAGCUUCAACAUCCACAGCUUCGACGACCUCGACUUCAUUUCUUCAACGCAGGACUGCGGGGCGUCCCGGCAGCGCAGACGGACUCGCUCUCUGCUGCUCAGGAACGAGUCUCUGGAGGACGAGUUUGUCCGGGCGAAAGCUGCUGUGGAGUCGGACACAGAGUUCUGGGACAAGAUGCAGGCUGAGUGGGAGGAGCUCGCUCGGAGGAACUGGCUGGAGGACUCCGAGGACCAGCAGCCGGUCCCGCCCACUGUCUCACCUGCAGAGAAGGGUUACUAUUUCAACACCAACAACCCGUACAGAGACUGGCCCAACGUCUUCGCCGAGGCUCAGGAGAAAGCUCGGGAGGGAGACCUGAACACUGCCGUGCUGCUGCUGGAGGCCGCCAUCCUGCAGGACCCGCAGGACUCAGAGGCGUGGCAGCUUCUGGGUAUGACUCAGGCUGACAACGAGAACGAGCAGGCCGCCAUCGUGUCGCUGCAGAGGUGCCUGGAGCUCCGCCCCAACAACCUGCCGGCCCUCAUGGCGCUCGCCGUCAGUUUCACUAACAGCGGCAUGCAGCGGGAGGCCGGCGACGUGCUGCGCCGCUGGAUCUGUCACAACCCGCGAUAUAAACACCUGGUCCAGGACAGCAGGAGUCCGCUACGGGGCUCCCCGGCCAUGCCGUGCAGGAGCCCCCACGCCUCCACACCUGCCAGGUGUGAGCUGCAGGACGUGCUGCUCCUCUUCCAGGAGGCGGCUCUGCUGAACCUGGACUGUGUGGAUCCCGACCUGCAGACCGGGCUGGGAGUCCUCUUCAACCUGAGCUCGGACUUCGACAAGGCGGUGGAAGCUUUCAGUGCAGCGCUGUCUGUCAGGCCACAGGACUACCUGCUGUGGAACCGUCUGGGAGCCACGCUCGCCAACGGAAACCGCAGCGAGGAGGCGGUGGAGGCGUACACCAGAGCUCUGGAGCUGCAGCCCGGAUUCAUCCGCUCGCGGUACAACCUGGGAAUCAGCUGCAUCAACCUGGGAGCGCACAGGGAGGCGGUCAGUAACUUCCUCACGGCGCUGAACCAGCAGAGGCGGAGUCAGCGCUGCAGCCAGCAGCAGAUGUCGGCUAACAUCUGGGCCGCCUUGCGGAUCGCCAUCUCAAUGAUGGACCGCCCCGAGCUGUUCCAGGCCGCCAACAUGGGCGACCUAGACCUGCUGAUGAGGGCCUUCGACAUGAGCGACGUCUGACGGCGAGUCAUGGGAGGGCGGAGCCUUGCUCCCAGAGUCACGGGAGCUCGGUUGGAUGCCCGGGUUGAAACCAGACAGUGAGGGAACGGCGCAGCCCUUUAGCUUCCUGUUUGUAGCUCUGCAUUCUCAACGCCGUCUGCAGGUCGAUCAUCUUUUCACCUUUAACAAGAAGAUUGAAUUCAGCUCCUCCUCUUCCUCCUCGUCACCUGCGCUCACCUGCUGCUGAUUUUCCUCUGCUCAUCGGUCACUUCCUGAUGGUCGACUUUAAACGUGAUGUCGUGAGGGAUGAAGAGGGGGAGGAAACUCUGGACUCGUGGACUUGUCAGAGCAGCUUUGCAUGAUUCACGACUCAAAAUAAUCCUUCUUUAUCUGACACAAACGUUCUUUUCAUGGCUGUCCUUCAUGAAAAGAACGUUUGAACAUCAGGUGGGCGGAGCUCAUGUACUCGCAGCCAGAGAUGUCCUCCUACAUGCAGCAUAGACGUUUCCACCGUGAGCACCUUUUUGAGCAUUUUCGCCUUCGUGGUGUUUUGAAAGUGGGCGGCUCUGUUGUACUCAUGGAAGCCCCGCCUCCAUCCUCCACCACAGCCUGCUUCUCUGUCUCCUUCCUCUGUCAGCUGCUCUCCACAGCGAAUCAUCUUCCAUCCCAGCACCCUCCAACCCUCUCCACUACGUCCAUGAACCUCCUCUGAGCUCUUUCUCUUCUCUUCCCGCCUGAAGCUCCACCUUCCCGCUUCUGCACAUGCUCAGACCAACUGAGCCAUUAGUCUGUUGGACUCACGUCUGAUCCUGUCCAUUCUGCUCACUCCCAGUGGACAUCUGAACAUCCCAGCAGGUGUCACUACCAUCUUUAAACCUUCUCCUUCUGUCACCUGGCUCCGCCCACUCUGCCCCUCUCCUGCUUUGUAUUAACGGGACCAGAAUUUAGAAAAUAAACUUUGUUUUUUAAUGAAGCAGACGUGAAACCAGCGACUCAUCGGGAAAGACUUCCCUGCGCUCAUUUUCUCAUGGACUUGUAUACAGUCGCACACCAGAGUCGCCCCCUGCUGGUCACCCUGUCAUGUCCAAACCCCAGAAUCUCUUCAGUGGUCGUUCUCGCCUCUGUAGCUUUUCUAUCGGCUCUGUUCACUUGCAGCACAUCUUUCAGCUCAGGUUAUAAAAACUCACGAUGUCCGUGGACAUGAAGCUUAACACCAGGUCCUUUCCUAAUGAGUAAUCCAAACCACGGAGCUGCAGGAGUGAGGAGAAGCAGAACACGCCCACUUUAAGGCUUUUUCCUCCCAUGUUUCUUCACCUUGUUACUUUUAACCCUUUAAAGCCAUAAAACAGCAGCAGGGGUCUGUUAGAAACUCGCCUCUGUGUGUCACCCCCUGCAGGCAACAGCUGGUACUGCAGCAGCAUUUAUUUAAAUCCAACCAAGAGGCCACCUUCACACCUGAGAUCAGGUGUGGUGCUAAAGGUGAAUAACAGAAUUCAUAACUCAGAAUUCUGAUGUUUUCCAUGUGGUGAUGAUGAAGCAGCUGUAUCAGGGCUAGCGCCACCUGCAGGAAGGGUUCGGGCAUGUGUCAAAUAUUUUCCAAAGGAAUUCAGGAGAAAUAUCUGUCGUCUUCAGGCGACUUUUGUUGUGAUUUGGCGCUAUAUAAAUACAACUGAAUUGAAUUAAAACGAUUUGCUUUGGCAGUUGAAAAGUUAAACGCCUCGCCCCCUAAGUGACACAGCCGUCUGUCUUCACACAAAGGAUGACCCUCAGCGAGCCGUACAGCUUCUUCCAGAACCAACGUCUGCUGGAUCCCUACGAGUCCUCCCACCUGCUCACCUCCGACCUCGCCUCGUAUCUGCUCCUUCCUCUGAAAGAGACAGAAAAGAAAAACACCCCUCUGCCUAGCCUUGAUCAUUUUCAUCCUACCGCUGAUUCCAAUAUCUAGUUCAGGACAUUCUGUUCAGACUCUCCCAGAGAAUAUCUCUCUAACCCUGAAGUGUACGCAUGCUGCAAAACCCUCCGUGCUCUACGUCUACGCCUCAAUAUUUCAAAUCCAGUCAUGGCGCUGGACGAAGCUUUUGACCCUCAAACACGGAGCGCCAACAUGUUUAUGAGCACAUUUCCAUUGUGUUUAUAAAAAAUAAUAAAACAGCUUUAUUUAAUCGUUUUAAACCCUAACAUGUCUCACUGAUGCAGCGGCACUUCUGUGCGUUAAGGUUUUUCACAAAACGACUGCAGCGGUUUCCCGCCUGGCCUGGAGGUGGCGCUCAUCGUCCCGUCAUACCUGCUGCUGUUCCUGUGUUUGCCUGUGGGAGGCGCCUGUGAUUGAUUCCAAACAUUAACACAUUAUAGUUUAAAACUGAUGUUUGUAUUAUUGUUACAGUUUCUGUGUUUUAUUCUGAAAAGUCGUGUUCAUGCUCUGUCCCUUCCUUCCUGUCGCUGGUUCUCAGGUGAGUGUGAGAAAACGCGCAGCAGCUGAUCCGGUUAAACGAAAGCUAAAUCAAAGCAGCGUCCCCCGAGUCCUGGAGCGGUGAAGGCUUCCUGUCCUGUCCUUAGUUCGGGAUGACUUCCUGUCUAUGGUUCUUUUCAGAUCAGCUGACAGGAAACCACAGCGCUUCUCAUUCUGAGGGUUUUACUGUGUUCAAGUCAGGACGCCCAAGUAACAAAAGCAAAGAGCUCCAGAAAAGCAAACAGCCAGCGCGUUUUCAUCCACAGCUUCCUGCUUCAGAGAUUAACGGGAAGAUUCACAAACUUCAUCCACACGAUGAUGAGUGUGAAUCUUCGUCCUGCUGCUUCUCCUGAGUCCUGCUCGUCUUCACGUCUGUACGGUUCUGAUGUAAAUGACUGUACGGACAGUAAUCACAUGUAAACUGAUGAUAUUAAACGGGUGAUA